AUGUCUACAAAUACCGGAUCAACAGCUCCACCAGCCAAUGCCGGCUCUGGUGCUGUUCAGAACUACCAAACGGACGCUCUGCAGGAGCACGUUGACUCCACUCCUCUGCUCAUCAACCGACUAGGCCAAUGGAGUCAAGCCGUUGACACCGUCUACAAUUACGUUAAUGGAUACCUGAGCACCCAGAACAGUAUCACCAGUAACUUGGAGAAGACCCGCAAAUCAAUCAACGAGGUUCCUCUGUUUCUAGGCACUCACGAUGCUCAACCCACUGCUCAGCAAGCUGCUCACACCGAGGCGAGCCACCCGGUCGAGCCGCCCAAAGAGGUGAGCCUGGGCGAGGCGUUCACGAGCUUGCAGCACCGAACGGACUAUUUGAUUAAUGACAGCGACAAGGCUGCCAGCGCCAUCAAGUCCACGAUUUUGCCCAAUCUCGAGACGCUGAAGAGCGACAUUGAUGCCCACUUCAAGACGCUGCGCAGCAGUGGUCAGAAGGGAAUCAAGGACGUCGAGAAAGCCCGCGAACACACAUUGCGUCUUGUGGAGCGCCUGGGCCGUCUCACUUCAAGCUUUGGCACCCAGCGAAUCGACAACAAAGACGAUCCCUAUGUUCUGCACCGCCAAACCCGUGCGGCUGUUGUCGAGCAGAUCAACCGGGAGAACAUUCAGGCCGAAGCUGCUCUCAAUGUUCAGCGCAGUUUUGCGUCUAUGGAGGCUCAUAUCGUUGAGGUUCUACAGAAGUCUCUACAGAGCUUGGACGAGAUUGUCCAGACAUUCACCUCUCGUUUCGUCAACAACCAGUCGUACCUCAGCCAGACUUUCCAGACCAUCGACAUGAAGAAAGAGUGGGCCGACUUUACCACCCAGAACAAGGCCAGCCUUGUUCCUGAGAGCAACUACCAGCGUGACCCUUCCAAGGUUGUGUUCACAAACUCAACCCACCAGUCUACUGUUCCUUUAAUCAAGGGCGUUUUGAGCCGCAAGCGCACCGUGCUCAAGAAUUACACGCAGGGCUACUUUGUUCUUACCCGCUCCGGGUUCUUACACCAGUUCAAGUCCAAGGACCCGCAGCAAGAACCCACUCCGGAGCUGAGCUUGUACCUGCCUGAUUCGGGCUUGGGUGCUCUGCCUGCUCGCACCUCGGGUGAUCUGACUUUUGUUAUCAUUAGCAAGAACGCCAAGCGCAGUCUGGGUACGAAGCACAAGUACACUUUCAAGGCAUCCAAUUACGACGAGCUCGUGGCCUGGUAUAAUGCUUGUGCUGAGGUUAAUGGCGGCGUUCGGGUCGACGACGACCAGGCCAUUUCGCCGGUUGCCUCUCCCUCGCCCGACUCUCCUUCCUCGCCCGUAGACUCUCCCAUGUCUCCCAAUGCUGUCCCUCCGGCCAGCACUGCUGCCGCGAAAAACGUUCCGGCCACUGCUGCACCCACCUCGACUGCGGUGCCUGCUGCUGCCACCUCAGCACCAACAACCCAGGCACAACAAGCGGCAUCUGCUAUUCCCGAAGCACGACACGCUGCUGGCGGACCGGACCCUACUUUUGGCAACUUUUAA